GUCGCGCAUCUUCGUGGAGGACCGCCACCGCGUGCUGUACUGCGAGGUGCCCAAGGCGGGCUGCUCCAACUGGAAGCGCGUGCUCAUGGUGCUGGCCGGGCUGGCCUCGUCCGCCGCCGACAUCCAGCACGACGCCGUCCACUACGGCGGCGCGCUGCGGCGCCUGGACGCCUUCGACCGCCAGGGCAUCCUGCACCGCCUGGGCACCUACACCAAGGUGCUCUUCGUGCGCGAGCCCUUCGAGCGGCUGGUGUCCGCCUUCCGCGACAAGUUCGAGCACCCCAACAGCUACUACCACCCCGUCUUCGGCAAGGCCAUCCUGGCCCGGUACCGGGCCAACGCCUCGCGGGAGGCGCUGCGGACCGGCUCCGGCGUGCGCUUCCCCGAGUUCGUCCAGUACCUGCUGGACGUGCACCGGCCCGUGGGCAUGGACAUCCACUGGGACCACGUCAGCCGGCUGUGCAGCCCCUGCCUCAUCGACUACGACUUCGUGGGCAAGUUCGAGAGCAUGCAGGACGACGCCGACUUCUUCCUGAGCCUCGUGCACGCCCCGCGGAACCUGACCUUUCCCCGGUUCAAGGACCGGCACGCCCAGGAGGCGCGGACCACGGCGCGGAUCGCGCGCCAGUACUUCGCCCAGCUCUCCGCCCUGCAGCGGCAGCGCACCUACGACUUCUACUACAUGGACUACCUGAUGUUCAACUACUCCAAGCCCUUUGCAGACCUGUACUGAGGGGCGGUCCCCGUCCACCCCCCCACCGGCGGGCAGGGCCCGCGCCCGUCCGGGUCCCUCAGCCGGGAGCUGAGACUUUCCCAGAGCGCAGGGCUCCGAGGAAGGGAGGGGCCGUGGCCGUCGGAAGGGCGGGCCUUAGGAGGGGCCGGAGGCUCCCGGGCCUGCGUGGGGACCCUGGCCUUGGCCGGGGGAGACGCAGAGGGCUGGGAUGCGCCCUGGCCCCCAGGGCUUGGCCAGGAGUUGCAGGUGACCAGGGAGUCUGAGGCCCGGAGGACCGGGGCCCCAGCAGUGAGGGAUUUCCCGCAGUCCCUUAACCAUUGCCUUGGAGCAGACCGCAUGGUUUGCAGCUUUUCUACAACCCAAGGGGGGGUGCCCUUGGAUGGAGGUUCCAAAUAAAGCACAUGGUUUCCAAAGCA